UGAGUUGCAUGCUAUAUGCUGGACAGCAGCUCACACGAGGGGGCAUUAUCGAAUCAUUUGUUGUGGGAAAAACAAUCAGGCAGAGAGAGCACUGAAAGAAAUCGUCACCUUGACUCCGGCACUUGAGAGAUAUGCGUAUGGACAAUCGACUGCACAUACAAAUAAGCGCUUCAGCAUAGUACAAUGAACUGCACUCUCCAUGCACCACUUAAGCUGAGUAUAAAAGCAGCUGGGCCACAGCCCAAGCAUCGACAGUUGCUAUCAGAUAGUGACAUUAUCCAUAAUGCGAUUUUCAGGAAUCCUAUUGGCCUUGGCCGCGUGCCUCUGCUUGGCCUCGACUGUGCUUGGGCAAUGCAUUGAUACCUAUGAGCCUGGCUGCAAGCUGGCAUCUGAGGUGGGCUACCCACAGCGCAAUUGCAUCGAUCCCACCAAGUACUGGAGGUGCCCCACCCUGAAUGGGAAGGCCGAACUCUUCAAGUGCCAGACGAACACGGCCUUCAGCCAGGAGAGAAAUGCGUGCGUGCCCUGGAUCGAUUGGGUCUGGAGGCCCUGCGUGGAGCCACCAAGUCGUCCAACUGGCUGGCAGCCAUGUAAUUAA